AUGGCUUUCACGAAUUAUAGCAGUCUGAAUCGAGCUCAGCUAAACUUUGAAUGCCUACAUACAAAUUCAACCACUCAUGAAUCCUUGUUUGGUGCUCUUGCUGAACUAGUUGAUAAUGCAAGAGAUGCUGAUGCCACGAGAAUUGAUAUUUAUGCAGAAAGGCGAGAGGACCUUCGAGGAGGAUUUAUGCUUUGUUUUUUGGAUGAUGGAGCAGGAAUGGAUCCAAGUGAUGCUGCCAGCGUGAUCCAGUUUGGGAAGUCGGCCAAGCGAACACCUGAGUCCACCCAGAUUGGGCAGUACGGGAAUAAGUUAAAGUCGGGCUCGAUGCGCAUCGGGAAGGAUUUUAUCCUCUUCACCAAGAAGGAAGACACCAUGACCUGCCUCUUCCUGUCACGCACCUUUCAUGAGGAGGAGGGCAUUGAUGAGGUGAUAGUCCCAUUGCCCAAUUGGAAUGCUCGAAACCGGGAACCUGUCACAGAUAACGUGGAGAAGUUUGCCAUUGAGACAGAACUCAUCUACAAAUAUUCUCCCUUCCGCAAUGAAGAGGAGGUGAUGGCUCAGUUCAUGAAGAUUCCUGGGGACAGUGGAACGCUGGUAAUCAUCUUCAACCUCAAACUCAUGGAUAACGGAGAGCCAGAGCUGGACUUAAUCUCAAAUCCAAGGGAUAUCCAGAUGGCAGAGACUUCCCCGGAGGGCACCAAGCCAGAGCGCCGCUCCUUCCGUGCCUACGCUGCCCUGCUCUACAUUGAUCCCCGGAUGCAGAUCUUCAUCCAUGGGCACAAGGUGCAGACCAAGAGGUUCUCCUGCUGCCUGUACAAGCCCAGGAUGUACAAGUACACAUCAAGCAGGUUCAAGACCCGCACGGAGCAGGAGGUGAAGAAGGCUGAGCACGUGGUGAGGAUUGCUGAAAAGAAGGCCCGGGAGGCAGAAAGCAAAGCUCGGACGUUGGAAGUGCGCCUGGGCGAAGAUCUCACACGGGACUCCACGGUGAUGUUGCGACAGGUCCAGAACACAGCCAUUACUCUGCGCAGGGAAGCCGACGUCAAGAAGCAGAUCAAGAAGGCUAAGCAGCGAGCAGUUAAAGAACCUAAGGAACUGAACUUUGUUUUCGGGGUCAACAUCGAACACCGGGACCUGGAUAGAAUGUUCAUCUACAACUGUAGCCGCCUGAUCAAGAUGGCGUGUGGUGGGGUUGUUGGGGUCGUCGAUGUGCCCUACCUGGUCCUGGAGCCCACACACAACAAGCAGGACUUUGCAGACGCCAGGGAGUACCAGCACCUGCUGCGGGCCAUGGGGGAGCACCUGGCACAGUACUGGAAGGACAUUGCCAUUGCCCAGCGGGGAAUCAUCAAGUUCUGGAAUGAGUUUGGCUACCUCUCUGCCAACUGGAACCAGCCCCCAUCCAGUGAGCUGCGCUGCAAGCGGCGGCGAUCCAUGGAGAUCCCAACCACCACCCAGUGUGAUCUGUGUCUGAAGUGUUGGACACUUCCCUUUCAGCUGAAUUCUGUGGAGAGGGAUUACCCUGACACUUGGGUUUGCUCCAUGAACCCUGAUCCUGAGCAGGACCGGUGCGAGGCCUCUGAGCAGAAGCAGAAGCUCCCCCUGGGGGCUCUGAGAAAGGACCCGAAGACGCAGGAGGAGCGGCAGAAGCAGCUGAUGCAGAAAAUGCGCCAGCAGCAGGAGAAGCUGGAGGCCCUGCAAAAAACCACACCCAUUCGCUCCCAGGCUGACCUGAAGAAACUGCCCUUGGAAGUGACCACCAGACCUUCCUCUGAGGAACCUGCACAUAGACCUCAGUGUCCUCGGUUGCCUCCUUUACCUGCUGUGAUUAAGAAUGCCCCGAGCAGACCCCCUUCCCUUCAAGCUCCCAGGCGAGCCAGCUGGCCAGAAAGGCUCCUGUCAUCACCUCCCGAGGCACCCCGGAAGCCUGCCAACACUCUGGUCAGGCCUGCGUCCCGGCCCAGGCCACCGGUGCAGCCACCGUUACCAUCUCCCCAGCACAACUCCAGGAGCCCUCGGGAGGUCCCUUCCCCCCGAGCCCUGAAGACUCCAGUGGUCAAGAAGCCAGAGCUGCCCGCUAAACUCUCCCCGCAGCCCACUCCUGGUCGAAAGCGGAGCCUCGGGGUCUCUGAUGAGGAAGAAACAGAGGAAGAGGCUGAGAAGAGGAAGGAGAGGUCCAAGAGGGGCAAGUUUGCUGUGAAGGAGGAAAAGAAGGACUUGAAUGAGCUCUCAGACAGUUCUGGGGAAGAGGACUCAGCUGACCUCAAGAGCACUCAGAAAGAUAAAGGGCUGCAUGUGGAGGUGCAUGUGAAUAGGGAGUGGUACACAGGCCAUGUCACAGCUGUGGAGGUGGGCAAGAAUGUGGUGCGGUGCAAGGUGAAAUUUGACUAUGUGCCCACGGACACACCACCAAGAGACCGCUGGGUGGAGAGAGGCAGCGAGGACGUGCAGUUGAUGAAGCCCCCGUCCCCAGAGUAUCAGAGCCUGGACACACGUCAGGAGGGCAGGGAAGAGGUGGUGGUGGCGGCGGCCCCAGCAGGGGAUUCGGUAGCCCAGCAAGCUGUAGCCACGGCAGAGCCCUCCACCUCGGACUGCAUCCCCAUAAAACCUGACACCACCGCCCCCAGCACCAACCACGAGACCAUUGACCUCCUCGUCCAGAUUCUUCGGAAUUGUUUACAGUACUUCCUGCCUCCAAGUUUCCCCAUCUCUAAGAAGGAGCUGAGUGCUAUGAAUUCAGAUGAGCUGAUAUCGUUUCCUCUGAAAGAGUACUUCAAGCAAUAUGAAGUCGGGCUGCAGAACCUGUGCCAUUCCUACCAGAGCCGCGCCAACUCGUGGGCCAAGGCCUCUGAGGAGAGCCUGCGCGCCUCCGAGAGAAAGCUGCGUGAGACGGAGGAGAAGCUGCAGAAGCUGAGGACCAACAUGGUGGCACUCCUGCAAAAGGACAUAGACAUUAACACAGGCGACGAGCUGGAUGCCUACAUCGAGGACCUGAUCACCAAGGGGGACUAG